AUGGUUUCAAUAGAAGAAAUAAAAUUUAAAUAUUAUAAUAGCUAUUUAGAUGAAUGCUAAGCCUUAGCAGAAGAGUUAGCAAAAGAUAAAAGUCAUUUCGAUGAUUAUUGUUUAGCCUAGUUUUACUUAAUAAGGUGUUUAUUUGAAAAAAGUUAGAUUUAGAUUGCAAAAGAGAAAUUUAAUAUUUUAUCCAAAGAGAUUAGAGAUAGAAAAGGGGAAAAUGUAGAUGAAAUUGAUAUAUUUAUGCAAAUAACUUAUUAACAACAUUUGUAUAAUUUAGAUCUUGAAGCUACUGAAGAAAACAAUUGUAUUUUAUUGAAAUUUACAUAAAAUUAUAAAGAUUAAAAUGAAAAUCAGGAUAAUUAUGUGAAGGGAUUGUAUUUAUAUGGCUUAGGAUUGUAUAAAUUUUUUGAAAAUUUUCGCGAAUAGUCUGAUAUUGAAUGCGUUCAUAUAUUAAAAUAGGCUUUAGAUGAAGCUCCUUAAUAUAAAUAUGAGAUAAUUAAUUCUAUAGGGAUGGUUCUUUAUGAUAAAGGGCUUUAUCAGGAAUCUAUAGAGUAUACAGAAUAAAUGUACAAAGAUAAUAAUAGACUCUUAGGUUUUGCAAAUAACCUUGCUUUUCUAUAUGCUUAGAUAAACUAGCAUGAUAAAGCAGAAGAAUUAUAUUUAGAAGCUUUGAACUUAAAUCCCUAAAAUACAGUUAUCCUAAAUAAUAUAUCACAUUUUUAUUUUAAUUAUAAAGUUGAUAAAAAAAAAGCAAUUUCUUAUUUAUAUAAAUCAUAUGAAAUAAAUCCUGAAGACAGUGAUACAUUAUAUAGAUUAGGAUAUUAUUUAUAUAUUUAAAAUUAUCUAGAAGAAAAUUAAGAAAUGCCUAGCAAAGGAAUAGAAUUUCUUGAAAAGUCCAUCCAAUUUAAUUAAUUCAGUUACAAAUCUUAUAUUUGCUUGUGCUCAAUUGAAGUCAAUAAACAUAACUAUGAAUAGGCUACUAAGUAUUUAAAGGAUCUCUCAGAAUUAAAACCAAAAUCUGGUUACAUUUUAUUUUAGAUAGCAGAGCAAUACUAGUUUAUGUAGUAAUAUGAAAAAGCUAUUGAUUUCUAUUAACAAUCUUUAAAAUUUAAAUUAUCUACUACAAUUUUCUUGGAAUGCCAUGAUAUGCUAUCUAGCUGCUAUUAUCAAAUAUAGUAACAUGAAAAGUCGCUCGAGAUUUAACUUUAAGCAAUAAAUUACAAAGAUUUUAAAGAAGAUGUUAUAUAAAAUGAUAUUAUGAAAUUAGUGUUAAAUUUAGAAAGGAGAAAUAAUAAUCUUUCUGAUUACAAAAAAUUAGAAAUAAUAAAUUCUUUUUAUGGACCUAUUUAAAAAAAACUCCACAUUAUACAUUCAUAAAUAAUAUAAAAUAAAGAAAUUAAAAAAGGUCUAUUUUUAAAAAUGCAGCAAUUUAAUUAUACAUUGCUUUUAUUAGCAUACAAUAAAUAAAUUAUUCCUUUUCUUAAAUAUUAAAAUGAAAUAUCUCAUUGGGACUUAUAUAUUGAUUGA